UACGAGCCUGGGACACCAUCGCCCGUUCCAGGCGCGGUUCCCCUCCCCGCUGUGACUAUCAAGCCUAGCGAUUAUCCACCAUUGGACAAGGUUCCGCCCAUCAAUUCUCCAGUGGUGCAAAGUUGGCUGAAACAAAUUGAUCUAACCAAGGCACCGUCUAUCAAACCCACAGGUCUAGAAGGCUGUAACAAUCAGACCUUUAACCCUGAUCAAAUCGCAAAGGCUGGAAAGGAUGGAAAUUGUUGGUGGAGUUGUGGUGGUUGCACACGAGCUGAAGAUGUAACAGUUUGCCCCAACAAAGGCACCUGGGGUGCCAGUUUUGACGAUGGUCCAUCUGAGUUCACACCUGUCUUACUUGACUAUCUCGAAAAACAAAAGUUAAAGGCCACUUUCUUUGUCGUUGGUUCCCGUGCUAUCUCGAACCCUGAAUUACUCCAAGCUGAAUACAUGGCAUCACAUCAGCAAUGCAUACAUACUUGGUCACAUCCCUCUUUAACCACCCUUACGAAUGAAGAGAUUGUAGCCGAGAUUGCUUGGUCAAUGAAGGCUUUCCAAGAUAUAAUCGGUGUCACUCCCAACUGUUUUAGACCUCCCUAUGGCGAUGUUGAUGAUCGGGUUAGAUACAUCUUAAAGUCAAUGGGAUUAACAAAUUACAUUUGGACCACUGGACCCUCAGGAUCAUUUGACACCGAAGAUUGGAGAGUGGUGGCUAAACAGUCGACAGCAAAAGAAGCUUCAGCCGAGUUUCAAAAGAUUCUAUCAGCUCAGGCUAGCCUUGCGACUGGCUUUAUUGUUCUUGCUCACGAUCUUUUCGCUGAGGCAGUCGCCCUUUCCAUAAAUAGUUUUCUUCCUGCUGCAAAGGAGUUUCCUAACUUGAAAGUGGAGCCAAUUGCAACUUGUCUUGGACUUGAAAGUCGACAAAAUUUCUUCGAGACCGCAAGC